AUGCCGCACCAAGUUACUCUCGUCAUUGGGGCGUCACGAGGAAUUGGCCGUGAAUUCGUCAGUCAACUCAGUCGAGAUCCAACACACCGGGUCAUUGCCGGUGUGCGCAAACCGGUUGAUUUCGACAGUUCCAAUGUCGUCCCGAUAUUGCUCGAUCAGUCCGAUCCUGAAUCUGUUACUAGGGCAGGGACUCAGGUCUCUGAAAUCGACACACUUAUUAUCAAUGCCGCCAUCGGCGCCGACGAAUAUCUCUUAAGCACGGAUGAUGAGCGACUUCGUGAAUAUUAUGACACGAACGUGAUUGGGCCUUUACGGGUCGUUCGCGCAUUUCUCCCUGCGCUUAAGGCUCGGAACACUCGACAGAUCGUUUUCAUUUCAUCUGAAUCUGGAUCCCUCUCUCAGCAGAUAAACGCCAAGGGUGGUUUUCGGGGGCCUUAUGCUGUUUCUAAAGCAGCUGGAAACAUGAUCGUGGUGCAGCUGCACAAUGAACUCCAUGAUCAAGGCUUCACAGUGGCCGCAAUUCACCCCGGUUGGGUUGCAACGGACAUGGGGAAUGCUACUGGUCCUGGGGGUAUGCCCAUCCCUGAAUCGGUGAAAGGCCAGUUAGAUGUUAUUGUAAAGUUGGAACACAAUGCGUCCGCUACUUUUUUCGCCUGGGAUGGGUCUAUCGUGCCCUGGUAA